AAGGCGGAAACAAAAGAAAUCGCAAAAAUCCUAAAACACACCCUUGUGAGCAGUUCGGGGAAAUAGACAUAAAUAGGUUGUUUUGACGAGAAGAGUACAGGAGUGACAAAAGGUAGCGGCAGUUGUGAACGGCAGGGAUUUGGUCGUCAUGGCUUUGAAAAGAAUACAGAAGGAGCUACAUGAUCUCCAACGGGACCCUCCAGCACAGUGCUCAGCUGGACCAGUGGGGGAAGACUUGUUCCACUGGCAAGCAACAAUAAUGGGACCUAGCGACAGUCCGUACCAAGGAGGAGUGUUCUUUCUCACAAUCCACUUCCCCACAGACUAUCCCUUCAAGCCUCCAAAGGUAGCAUUCACAACAAAAAUAUAUCACCCAAACAUAAACAGCAACGGCAGCAUUUGCCUGGACAUCCUGCGAUCACAGUGGUCCCCGGCACUCACAGUAUCUAAAGUUCUCUUGUCCAUAUGUUCAUUGCUUUGCGACCCAAAUCCAGACGACCCUUUAGUUCCAGACAUAGCACACAUCUACAAGUCAGACAAAGAAAAGUACAACAGACUAGCAAGAGACUGGACCCAAAAGUAUGCGAUGUGAAGUGCUGUACAUUAUAGAGAAUUUUAAAAAGUAACUUAGGUAAUAUUAUUAAACAUAACAUACUGUUAACAUUUAUCAUCAAAUCGGUCACCAUUAAUGAAUGAACUUAGUAUUUUAUAGGAAAAUAUUCCUCAGUCCAACAUUACACGAAAAGGCUUAACAUUUUGCAUUGCAGUUUUAUUUUCUGUUUUUUUUGUUACUGGGCACUUUUUUGUUAAAUAAAUUUCCAUUUGAUAAAUUAUUAUACAGUUGCAUUGCUCUGGUCACCCAAAGUCAAGAAGACCAACUAUACACCCCACACCCGCCCUGUCCUUUAGGUACUUUUUUUUUCCUAUUAGAGAUUUUUAUUGUAUAGUAAAAGCUAUACUGGAUCUAUUUUUAUUAUUUUGCAUUAAAAUAUAAAAAAGUCCUGCAA